AUGGCUCCGAACAUGUCCAAGGCGUCAAAGGGCAAGGCUGGCAAUGCCAACGGCAACGCUUCGGCGGGCGCCUUCAGCCAGGCGUCGCUUACGCAGUUGACGGCCCAGAUCGACCGCGACCUUGAGACUCGGAAUGCCAAGAAUCUCAACGGCGGCAAGCGGAAACGCAGCGAAGACGACGGGGCUGUCGACAAGAUGCAGCGAACACAGAAGACGCAGAAGACGCAGAAGACACAAAAGAAGCAGCCGACGAACGAGAAGCCUCGACGGAAAGAGAAGGCCCCGGCUGCCGCCACCGACAAGAAGACGGUCAUGCUCGACGAGAUCAAGCUGCUGGGUGGCAACGAAGACGACUUUGACCUGGUAGCCGGCAUUGACUCGGAUGCGGAAGACGGUGGCGCGAGUGUGGGCGGCAAGGAAGACAUGUCGCUGGACGCGGCCUUCCAGAGCGAACUGGCCAAGUUUGCGGCUGGUCUGGGCUUUGACGAAGUGCGCUUGGAAGACGAAGACGAUGAAGCUGCAGAGGAAGAAGUAGAGGAGCAGGUAGCAGAAGAAGAGGUUGAGGAGGAAGAGGAGGACGCAGAGGAGGAAGACGAAGACGAAGACGAAGAAGACGAGGAGGACGAAGAGGAAAAGGAGCAUGCACCGCCGCCAGUCGUUGCAACACCCAAGGCUGUCCCAUCUACGGAUCCGUUUCUGCCAAGAAACCCCAAGUUCUCACAGCUGAUGCUUGAGCCUCGCGCUGAGUGGCACACGGCAGACGUCGGCGACCUCCCGGCCCCCAUAUCGGACGACAUUGGCCGCUUCUCGCACACCAUCAAAAGCCUCGCGGAUUACGCCGAAACGCUCGUCGAGACCGACGCCAACGCCUACCGCACCAUCACCUCGGCCUCCUCGUCCCACCGCUUCAUGUCCACCAUCAUGACCUCCGGUACCAUGUCCGACAAAGUCUCUGCGCUGACCCUCGAGGUCCAGGAGGCGCCCAUCCACAACAGCAAGGCGUUUGAGAACCUGUUGGCUUUGGCAGGCAAGCGCAGCCGUGGCGCCGCUAUUGCUGCGCUCGGCGCACUGGUCGAUUUGCUCGGCAAUGGCGUUGUCCUGCCCAGCGACCGCCGCCUGCGGUCGUUCCAUGCCCAGCCGGCGCUGCUGGGCGCGCUGCAGUCCGAGAGCCCUGCGACCGUACUCGCCUGGAAGCCACACCUGCCGCUGCCCGGCGGCAUCACCAAGGCACACCUGAUGCUCUGGAAGUACGAGGACUGGCUCAAGGAUGCCUUCUUCCGCAUGCUGCAGCAGCUCGAAGUGUGGUGCAACGAUGAGAUCGAAUACUCUCGCUCGCGCUCGCUCGACUUUGUUUUCGGCCUGCUGCGCAGCAAGCCCGAGCAAGAGGCCAACCUUUUACGCCUGCUGGUCAACAAGCUCGGUGACCGCGAGCGUAAGAUCGCGUCGCGUGCAUCAUAUCUGUUGCUGCAGCUGCUCACGACACAUCCGGGCAUGAAGGCAAUUGUGGUCCAGACGAUUGAGCAGGAGAUUCUGCUGCGGCCCGGCCAGAGCCUACGCGCCAAAUACUACGCUAUCAACACGCUGAACCAGACGAUUCUGAGCAACAAGGAGCCUGCGAUUGCGGACAGCCUGGUGCGGGUGUACUUUGAGCUGUUUUUGACGCUGCUCAAGAGCGGCACACUUGGCGCCAUCGACAUUCCCGGCGCCGACAACCUGGGUGAGAACGCGGACGCGGCCAAGGACUCGGCUGCCAAAGACAGCAAGAAGAAGUGGAAGCGCAGCUACAACGACAAGACCAAGGCUGGCAAAGACGGCAAGAAGGGCGGCAGCGCGGCCGAUAAGAACGAAGGCACCGAGAAGGACGUCUCGGAAAAGCUCGUGUCGGCGCUGCUGACGGGUGUCAACCGCGCGAUCCCAUUUGCCAACACGGACAACACGACGCUCGAGAAGCACAUGGACACGCUGUUCCGCAUCACGCACUCGUCCAACUUCAACACGAGCAUCCAGGCGCUGAUGCUGGUGCAGCAGGUGGCCGGCUCGAAGCAGAUUUCGGUGGACCGCUUCUACCGCACGCUAUACGAGUCGUUGCUGGACCCGCGCCUGAUCAUGUCGUCCAAGCAAGGCAUGUAUCUCAACCUGCUGUUCCGGGCGCUCAAGAACGACGUCGACGUGCGCCGGGUCAAGGCCUUUGUCAAGCGCAUGCUGCAGAUUGCGACGCUGCACCAGCCGCCGUUUAUUUGCGGCGUGCUGUUCUUGGUGGCGGAGCUCGAAGCGACGUUCCCGGAUCUCAAGGCCCUGCUCAACGAGCCCGAGUUUGGCGACGACGACGAGGAGGAGUACUACCGGGAUGUGCCGGAAGACGGUGACGAGGCGGCGGCCCAGCAGGCUGACGACGCGAAGAAGGCCGAGGAGAAGAAGCGCCCCGUCUACGACGGCCGCAAGCGCGACCCCUCGUACAGCAACGCCCAGAACAGUUGCCUCUGGGAGCUUGUGCCCUACUUCCAGCACUUCCACCCGUCGGUCACGGCCUUUGCCACGAAUCUGUUGGUGCGGCAAAAGUCGCUGCCGAAGCCCGACAUGGCCAACCACACGCUCAUGCACUUCUUGGACAAGUUUGUGUACCGCAACGCCAAGGCCGUCGAUGCCUCGGCGUCCAAGGCUCGUGGCGCAUCCAUUAUGCAGCCCGUGGCGGCCAGCAACGGCAGCAUGACGGGCGCCGCGCAGAUUGUGGCGCCCAGCGGCGCGUCGGGCGCUUCCAAGCAGACGGUGGCCAUCAACUCGGCGGCCUUCUGGGGCCAAAAGGCCGAGAACGUGGCCGCCGAGGACAUCUUCUUCCACACGUACUUUUCGCAGAUUGGCAAGCAGUCGCAGACGAGCCGUGCAGCCAAGCGCGCGGCCAAGCAGGAGAAGGCGGCCGCCAAAGCCGGAGCUGCUGCAGCUUCAGCGGAGGGCGGCGAGGACGUCUCGGAUGCUGAAGAGGAGGAGAUCUGGAAGGCACUCAAGGGCUCGCGGCCCGACAUUGAGGGCGAGGACGAGGGCGCCGAUCCGGACAUGGAUAUGGACGAUGACGACGACGACGACGAUCUCGAGGAGCUCAAGGACCUGCUCAACAUGUCGGACAGCGAUGACGACGAUGACGACCUCGACGACGACGCGUUUGACGGUGCGGAGGGAGCUGGUGCCGCCGCCGGCGACGAUAUGGACGUCGACGGUGGCGUUGAGUUUGCCGACUUUGCCGACUUUAGCGACGAAGAGGGCGCUGCCGGCGCCGACGAGGACGGUCUGGUGUCGCUAGCCAGCAAGAACGGUCGCAAGGCGGGCCGCGAGCGGCGCAAGGAGCUCAAGGCGCUGCCGACGUUUGCCUCGGUCGAAGACUACGCCGAGAUGCUCGGCCAAGAGGAGGACGAGGAUUACUAG